GAGAAACCCCUUAACUGGCCCACCCGCAAGAAGGGCCUUACCCUCGCCAUCCUAGGCUCCUACACCUUCCUCUCCGCCUUCGGCUCCACGAUCAUGGCUCCCGGACUUACCAAAAUGGCAAUCUUUACGUUCCACUUCACGUCUGAAACGACUGGUGCAUUUCUCGUUUCGAUCUACCUCCUCGCAUACGCAAUAGGUCCACUCCUCCUCGCUCCACUAUCCGAGCUAUAUGGGAGAAGACCAGUCCUGAAUGGGUCGUUGCUGUUCUUCACCGUAUUUUCGAUCGCGUGUGCCCUCGCCAAAACCACCACCCAAAUGGCAACCUUCCGAUUCCUCUCCGGCCUCGGCGGCUCAGCUCCCCUCGCCAUUGGAUACGCCUCCGGAACCGAGAUCUACGUCCCCGCCCAACGACGAACAUCUGGUGCGAUCCUCGCUUUGGGACCAUUGUUGGGGCCUGUGUUGGGGCCUGUCGUGGGUGGCUUCGUGACGUAUCGUGUCCAGGAUUGGAGAUGGUUGUUUUGGACAUUGUCGAUUGUGUCUAGUGUGGUGUGUUUAUCCGGUAUCCCAUUCCUCCCCGAAACCUACGAACCCGCUAUCCUCGCCGCCAAAAUUCGGCGCAUGCACACCUCCUCCUCAGAAGGUCAGGUAUCGGUGAGAAACCACUUAUUGCACAGCUUCACAACGCCCCUUCGCCUCCUCUUCACCUCCCCCAUCGUCUUCCUCCUCGCCCUCUACCAAGCAAUCAUUUACGGCCAACUCUACCUUUUCUUCGUCAUCUUCCCCUCCACAUUCGAACAAACCUACCACGAAAGAAUCGACAUCGCAUCCCUAAACUACCUCGCAUUCGGGAUCGGAUUCCUCAUCGGUCUCGUGUGUCUCUCGAUCAUGAUUAAGGUAGCUUGGGCGCGGGCAAAGCGGUCACUUCCCGCCAAUGUGGACCCGGAGCCUGAAGUCUGGCUCAUAUGUCUCCUCCCCGCCGCGAUCAUCUUACCCAUCGGCCUCUUCCUCUUCGGCUGGUCCGCCCACAAUCAUUGGCAUUGGACCCUCCCCGCCCUCUCCUCCUUCCUCUUCGCCCUCUCCCUUCUCCAAAUUUACAUGUCCUCAACCCUCUACCUCGCCCAAGCCUUCCCACCCCAAACAUCCGCCUCAGCACAAGCGUCUCUCAUGCUGUUCCGCUCACUACUUGGGUUUGCGUCGCCGUUGUUUGGGGUGAAGAUGUUUGAGGGGUUGGGGGUGGGGUGGGGGUGUAGUGUGUUGGGGUUUGUUGCAGUGUGUGUUGGGGUGCCGGGGAGUUUUGGGUUGUGGAGGUGGGGGAGGUGGUUGAGG